AUGGUGCUGUCAAAUGCAGCGAUGCGAUCUAACUGUGAAUACAAGGUCAGUAGAUCAACGAAAUCAAAGUUCGUUGUUCGCUGCAUCGACAAUACAUGCAAUUGGAAGGUUGCAGCCCACUCUGUUGGUAAAUCUUGGAUAUUUUGUAUAUCAAAGUAUGUACAUGCACACACCUACACGAUUGACACUGUGAACCAUGACCACAAACAGGCGAGCAGCUGGGUCGUAGCGAAUCUUAUUAAGGAUAGAGUUCCUGGAACCGGUCGUAUUUACAAGAUAAAGCAUAUUAAGGAGGAUGUCCGUAAAGAGUUCGGGGUGACCAUAAGUUAUGACAAGGCCCAUCGAGCACGAGAGUUAGCAUACGCUAUUGUUAGGGGCCGACAGGAGGACUCUUACAUGCAUCUCCAUGCGUACGGUGAAAAGAUAAAAAUAGAGAAUCCAGGUACUAUUUUCCACAUCGAGACUAAAGGUUCGCUUAACUUCAAAUACCUGUUCAUGGCAUUGGGUGCCAGCAUUAGAGGAUUUCAGUCAAUCACAAGGCGUGUAAUUAUGGUUGAUGGCACACAUUUGAAGGGGAAGUUCAGAGGAGUGCUGCUAAUAGGUGUCGCCAUGAAAGGGAAUAAUCAAAUAUAUCCACUUGCAUUCGCGAUUGUAGACAACAAAAGCGAUGCAUUGUGGAAGUGGUUUAUGAAGAACUUGAAGGACAUGAUCGGAAACCCACCAGAACCUGUAUUCAUAUCUGAUCGACAUAUAAGUAUCGUCAAUGCAACAAGUGAGAUAUUCCCGGACGCAUUCCAUGCUAUAUACACUUAUCACCUAGGGAACAACAUAAAGGCUCGAUUCAAGAAUGCUGCAUUUUACAAAUUGUAUCAGGAUGCAGCGUAUGCGUAUCGGAAGUCAUAG